AUGAACAGGAUAGAUGAACCAAUAGAGGAGAGAGGGUACUGGGGGAGUAAAGCAGAGUUUCUUCUGGCUGUGGCAGGAAAUGUGAUUGGAUUAGGUAACGUGUGGAGGUUUCCCUACCUCUGCCACAAGAAUGGAGGAGGGGCAUUCUUGAUUCCAUACUUUGUGUUUGUGGUUACCUGUGGGGUGCCUCUGUUUCUGCUAGAGACAGCAAUGGGGCAGUACACACAGGAAGGUGGCAUUACAUGUUGGCAACGUCUCUGUCCAUUAGCUAAAGGUAUCGGUUAUGCAGGACAACUGAUGAUUGUGUACAGCUGCAUGUAUUACAUCAUCAUUCUGGCCUGGGCGCUUUUCUAUCUCAUCUUCUCUUUCAAAUCCCAACUACCAUGGGCCAGCUGCAAUAACACAUGGAACACAGAUGACUGUGUAAAUCUUGCAGAAAGGAAUCUGACCCUCAACUGGACAACACAAAUUAACUCAACCUCUUCAGUUACUGAGUUCUGGGAACGCAGAGUGCUGUCGAUCUCUGGAGGCAUUGAGAAGUUGGGUAAGAUCAACUGGGAGAUUCUUCUGUGUCUCAUUGCAAUGUGGAUCAUAUGUUAUUUCUGUAUCUGGAAAGGAGUCAAAUCUACAGGCAAGGUGGUGUACUUCACAGCCACAUUUCCUUAUGUGAUGUUACUGAUGUUGUUGAUUCGUGGGUUGACUCUGCCUGGAGCCCUGGAGGGGAUUGUGUUUUACCUGUACCCUGAACCGGCCCGUCUCUUUGACCCACAGGUUUGGAUGGAGGCUGGAACUCAGAUCUUUUUCUCCUACAGUGUGUGUGCUGGUAUUCUCAUUGUACUUGGCAGCUACAAUAAAUACAACAACAACUGCUACAGGGACUCCUUGCUACUUUGCCUACUGAACAGUGGCACCAGUUUGGUGGCUGGAUUUGCUGUGUUCUCAGUUCUGGGAUACAUGGCCCACAAGCAGGGCAUCCCCAUUAAAGAGGUUGCAGAAUCAGGUCCAGGCCUAGCAUUCAUAGCUUAUCCACAGGCAGUAGCUAUGAUGCCUCUCCCUCAGCUGUGGGCUGCAUGUUUCUUCAUCAUGUUAAUUUUGCUCGGUCUAGAUACACAGUUUGUUGGAAUGGAGGUUAUCAUGACUUCAGUGACAGACUUGUUCCCAAUGGCGUUGCGAAAAUCUGGACGUCGAGAAAUUUUACUCCUGCUCUUCUGUCUUUUCUGCUUCUUUGGUCAACUCGUCAUGGUCACAGAGGGCGGGAUGUAUAUAUUCUAUUUGUUUGACUACUAUUCCUGCAGUGGAGCCAGUAUUCUGCUCUUGUCUAUUUUUGAGUCUGUGGCCAUGGGUUGGAUCUUUGGGGCUGAGAGAAUGUUUGACAUCAUUGAAGACAUGACAAGUUCUCGACCCAACUACAUAUUCAUGUUGUGCUGGAAAUAUCUGACUCCUUUGGUGUCCUUGGUUUCUCUCAUCUGUUCGCUGGUUGAAUACAAGCCCCUGACUUUCAACCGCUCAUAUGUGUAUCCGGGCUGGGCAUAUGUACUCGGCUGGCUGCUGGCCCUAUCCUCCAUUCUGCUGGUGCCUGGAUGGGCACUGGGCCAACUUAUUGCUGGCAAAGGGAGCCUGAAACAGCGUUGGCUUCACUUGUGUAGUCCUGACACAAACCUCCCGCUCAACUGUAAGCAACAAGCUGAAAUACAGGAAAUUACUUUCACCACAGAGAUGGAAGACUUGGUCAGGAGCAGCACAAAGGAAAAUUGACACAACAUGUAUGCAAGAAAAGAAAAGAAAUCAUUUCUGUAUAAUACAAUCAUGGCAAUGGAUAUUGAAAGAAAAAUGUAAACACUAUUCUCUGGUUUUUAUAUUUUCCGUAACAUGUAAAGGUUUUUUUUGUCACACCUGCUAAAGUUGGGUCAGUUGAGAAAAUACUAACCAAAAAUAUUUCAGUGAAGCCAUGAAAUUGUUUUUGCUUUUUAAUUUUUCAUUAAAACACUUUUGUCCCAAUGAAAAAAUAAUUAUUUUGAAAUUUUUCACUGGCAUAACCUAUAUGCCAUGG